AAGGGGCAGUACAUCAAUUAUUUCAAAUCAUGAUAAUUCUCAACAAUCAUCCAACCAAAUAACGCAUAUUCAACCUUCAGCUUAUGAUAUAAACAACAUUCCUUCCUCUUUGGAUCCUUUAUUUAAUUUAAGCAGUGUAAUAGGCAGUGGUAUGGGAAACAUCGCAUCUGAUAGUGGAUCAGGCGUUUCGGCAAGUUCUUCUACAGGUUUGCAAUCUAUGAUGCCUCAAGUUUUAAGUCAAAUCCCACCACCUCCGGUAACAGCAACCACAGUAGCUGGCGUUACUACCAACUUUCCCGGAUUAUAUUCUAGCACAGGAUUCGAUAUGCUUGGAGUUUUGGCUCGCGUUGCUUCAAGGCCAAAUCCACAAAUCAAUAUAGGCCCUGUUGAUAUGAGUUGUUCAUUUUUAGUGGUUGAUGCCCGUAAAUAUGAUUUUCCAAUUGUAUAUGCCAGUCAUACAUUCGAAAAGUUAACUGGGUAUUCCAACUCGGAAAUUAUUGGGCGAAAUUGUCGAUUUUUACAAGCUCCGGAUGGACAUGUUGCUCUCGGAUCGCGUCGUCGUUAUACCGACAAUAACGCGGUUUAUCAUAUCAAAAGUCACAUGGUCGCCGGAAAGGAAUGUCAGGCAUCUAUUAUCAACUAUAGGAAAGGUGGACAACCAUUUAUCAAUUUGGUAACCGUAAUACCUAUUACUUGGGAUAGUGAAGAAAUUGUAUAUUUUGUUGGCUUCCAAGUG